AUGGCGAGGCAAGCGAUCAGGUGGUUUUUGGGAGGAGGGGGCACUGAAGGCGUCUGCCACCUGCAUUCAUCGAUUCCCGCCAAGUGGAGCCUCGAUGCAAACAGCGGCUGCCCACUGACUCAGCGGAUGUGCGCAAAAGGCAAACCGAUGCCUGCAUUUCCGGGCCUCCCUCGGCCGCCCAUACGAGGAUUUUCGGCGCUGCAGGACAUCCCAAGCUCUAACUUAUCAAUAACUCAAUCGGCGGGAUUAGUCCGAGUUGAUCAGCUCCCAAACUUAGGCCACAUUGAUAGGACGCUGGAUGGAGAUAGGCCAGGGAUUGAAGAUAGACCAAACUUAGCGCGGAAAGGGUCAUCUUUCUGUAAUGAACCCUCUUCGGCCAUAGGGAAAUAG